GCCUGCAGCAGCAGCAGCGAGCCGUGAGACGGAAACACGGCGACCGGGAGCAGAGUCCUUCGCCGACAUGAACGAGGACGCAUAUUUCAACCUCAUUUCCUCAAAUCAUCCCUCGACAAGUGCUUAUCCCGACACCGUUUCUGAAAUUAAAGCAGACGACGGCACGGCUCAUAUACGAAGAGAGGAAUUUCAGGAAAAAACAGCUUGCUAAGGGUUUCGCAGUCCUGGCAGAGGAGGGGCAUAUAGGGCUUUGUAGCAAUGCAGAUCCCGUGCUGCUGAUGCGCUUUUGUUACUGCAUAAUGGAUAACCAAGGAUCAUCAUAUCUCAGGGGAUUGCUUUAAAGUUCUUUGGUGACUUCUUUUGUUUAAACACGCAACCUUUAGGGGAGAUUCCGAUAUCUGGAAGAAAAAGGGACACGUCUAUAUAUCUACACAUAUGCCAAAUCCACCGGCCAGGGCAGGGUCGAUGGCUGCAAGUUGUCUUUAAUGCAUCUGAGGACUGCGAAUGCAUGAUGGUGUGGAGACGCAUUGGUGCGAGAAGAACCAUGAUUGAUCGACCAUCAUUUUUGUCUACCUUGAGCUGUUAAGUUCUGACCUUUUAAAGGAGAUACCACUCCACUGGCUGGAUCCAGUUGCCCAUACAGUGGGAGCCAAUAGUGAGCAAACUCUGAGAGAUCAGCACCGUUUGAAACCAUGUCUGGAGAAGUGCGUUUGAAGAAACUGGAAAAGCUGAUUUUAGAUGGCCCAUCUCAGUCCAGCGGCCAAUGCUUCAGCGUGGAGACCUUGUUGGAUGUUCUCGUUUGUCUUUAUGACGAGUGCAACAACUCUCCCCUGAGAAGGGAGAAAAAUAUUUUGGAGUUCCUAGACUGGGCCAAACCUUUCACAUCCACGGUGAAACAGAUGCGCUUGCGAAAAGAAGACUUUGAGAUCUUGAAGGUGAUUGGACGGGGAGCUUUCGGAGAGGUUGCAGUAGUAAAGGUAAAAAAUACAGACAAAGUAUUUGCCAUGAAGAUCCUCAACAAAUGGGAGAUGCUCAAGAGGGCUGAGACGGCGUGUUUUCGGGAGGAACGGGACGUGCUGGUAAAUGGGGACAGCCAGUGGAUCACAACAUUACAUUAUGCUUUUCAGGAUGAGAACAACUUGUACUUGGUGAUGGACUACUAUGUAGGGGGAGAUCUGUUGACUCUGCUCAGUAAGUUCGAAGAUCGUUUGCCUGAGGACAUGGCCAAGUUUUAUCUGGCUGAGAUGGUCCUGGCUAUUGACUCUGUGCAUCAGCUACAUUAUGUUCACAGGGAUAUUAAGCCGGACAAUAUUCUAAUGGACAUGAACGGUCACAUCCGAUUGGCUGACUUUGGCUCCUGUCUUAAACUCAUGGAAGAUGGAACAGUCCAGUCGUCCGUGGCAGUGGGGACUCCAGACUACAUCUCUCCAGAGAUCCUACAAGCUAUGGAAGAUGGGAAGGGAAAGUAUGGGCCGGAGUGUGACUGGUGGUCUCUGGGUGUUUGCAUGUAUGAGAUGCUGUAUGGAGAGACGCCCUUUUACGCCGAGUCUCUGGUGGAGACCUACGGCAAGAUCAUGAACCACAAGUCAUCUCAACCUAACAAUGAGGAGCGCUUCCAGUUCCCACUUCAAAUGACGGAUGUUUCGGAAGAAGCUAAAGAUCUGAUUCGACGGCUCAUCUGCAGUAGAACGCACCGGCUGGGCCAGAACGGCAUCGAUGACUUUAAACAGCACCCAUUUUUUGUGGGUAUCGACUGGGACAACAUCCGCACGUGUGAAGCCCCUUACAUCCCUGAAGUCAGCAGCCCCACUGACACCUCUAACUUUGACGUGGACGAUGAUUGCCUCAAAAACUGCGAGACGUUGCCUCCACCUUCUCACACAGCGUUUUCUGGACACCACCUUCCAUUUGUAGGCUUUACUUACACAAGCAAAUGCACACUGUCAGACCGAGGUUGUCUGCGGGAGUCUGUGGGACCUGCACAGGUAGAUGCUGAUCUUCAGAGAAGUCUGGAGGAGAGCCUGGCCUCCGAAGCUUAUGAAAGGAGAAUCAGACGCCUGGAACAGGAAAAGAUUGAACUUUCCCGUAAACUACAAGAGGCCACUCAAACAGUGCAGGCACUGCAGUAUCCAGAUUCAGACGCCCCGCUGAAUGCUAAUAAAGAAGUCGAGAUCCGGAGUUUAAAGAGUGAGAUCGACAUACUAAAAAAACAAUUAGCAGACUCUGGUCAGCUGGAGCAGCAGUUGGAGGAGGUCACCACAGCCCGUAAAGAUCUCAAAGACUCGUCUAAAAUCAUCAAGAGUUUAGAGAAACAACUCAAGAGUAUCACACAAGAGAAGGAUGAUCUGCACAAGGAGCUGCUGGAGUUGAGUGAGAAGCUGAAGACUCAGAUGAAAGAGCUAAAGGAGGCUCACAGUCAGAAGAAGAUGGCCAUGGAGGAAUUCUCGGAGCUGAACGAAAGACUGAGCGACCAUCGCUCGCAAAAACAACGACUGAGCCGACAGCUCCGAGACAAAGAGGAGGAGAUGGAGGGCAUCUCGCAGAAGCUGGAGGCCCUGCGGCUGGAUAUCCGCAAGGCUGAGAGAACACGUAAAGAGUUGGAGGCUCAGGUUGAGGAACAUGCGGCUGAAGCUCAAAAGGAGAAAAAGCUACGAGAGAGAUCCGAACAAUACAGCAGACAGCUAGAAGAAGAGCUGGAUGGCAUGAAGGAGUUAAAACAGUCCGGACCCUCCGGCACAGCUGUGAGCUCGGACCAGCAGCAGGAACUGAUUCGGGUCCGGGCAGACCUGGAGAAGAAGAACGUUCAGUACGAGGAAGAGAUGUGUCGUCGGGAGACGCUUCACAGCGCUGAGAUAAAGACUAUGAAGAAGGAGCUACACGACGCUGAGAGCCAACACCUCGCGCUCCAGAAAGAGAUUCUAAUGCUUAAAGAUAAACUGGAGAAAACUCGCAGAGAAAGUCAAACAGAACGAGUGGAGUUUGAGACGGAGAUCGAGAGGGAGAGAGCUCAUUUGACGGAGGAGAACAAGAAGCUCACCAGUGAAAUAGAGAAGCUGAGCUCUGCAUUUGAGGAGGUAAGCAGCCGUCACAAGCAGCUGGAGGAGGAGAUGAAAGAAAUGACUGAUAAACAGGAGAGCGUCGCCCAUUGGGAAGCACAGAUCACAGAGAUCAUCCAGUGGGUGAGUGAUGAGAAAGAUGCUCGUGGGUACCUUCAGGCUCUGGCCACUAAAAUGACAGAGGAACUUGAAGGACUGAGGAACACCAGCCUGGGAGCCAGAGGAACGGACAUGCCGUGGAAGAUGAGACGUUUCGCUAAGCUGGACAUGUCUGCCCGUCUGGAGCUUCAGUCUGCGCUGGAUGCCGAGAUCAGAGCCAAACAGACCAUCCAGGAUGAGCUUAACAAAGUCAAAGCGUCCAACAUGGCAACCGAAUGCAAAUUGCAAGAAUCUGAAAAUAGGAACCAGGAGCUGCUGUCAGAAAUUGAAAGGUUGAGAAAGGAGACUGAGGAGUUGAGGAUGAGGAGAGGUGUAAAGCAUCAAGAUUCCCAGAAUUCCUUCUUGGCAUUCCUCAAUGCACCCACCUCUGUUUUGGAUCAGUUUGAUGACUCAUUUUCAUCCUCUUCAUCUUCUUUAGUUGAAUUUUGGGAAGAUCGGUCACCUUCUUUUGGUCCAGGACACAAAACCAGACGUCUUGAUUCUGCAGAUUUCACUCCAUCCAACACUCCAUCACGAGAUGAAGAUUCACGAUCUCGUCGCAUAUCACGUUCUCGCUCCCCGUCCACCGCCAGCGACAUGGAGCCUAUUGAGCUGACUGACCACACAUCACGUGGACUUCACACUCCAACAAGCAGAUCUGGAUAUGGAAGCCUGGGACAUUCGUCAUCUAAGCCCAAGGCGCAUCAGUUCAUUGUGAAGUCCUUCACUGUUCCCACUAAAUGUAACCAGUGCACAUCUCUGAUGGUGGGGCUUAUCCGACAGGGUUGCACCUGUGAAGUCUGCAACUUCUCCUGUCACGUCACGUGUGCUGAUAAAGCCCCCUCCGUAUGCCCCGUCCCACCAGACCAAACCAGGGGCAAACUGGGCAUCGACACGCAGAGGGGCAUUGGCACUGCAUAUGAGGGGCAUCUCAGGGUGCCAAAGCCCACAGGGGUGAAGAAGGGUUGGCAGAGAGUGUGGGCAGUGGUGUGUGACUUUAAACUCUUCCUGUAUGAGCUUGGAGAAGGCAAAGGUGCCCAGCCUGGUGUUACAGUUAACCAGGUCAUCGACAUGAGAGAUGAGGAGUUUUCAGCGAGCUCUGUUUUGGAGUCUGAUGUCAUCCACGCUAACAAGAAAGACAUUCCCUGCAUCUUAAGGGUAACGGCCUCUCAGAUGUCCGCCACCUCUGGUCGAAAGAUGUGCAUCCUGAUGCUGGCCGACAACGAACAGGAGAGGACGAAAUGGGUGUGCGCGCUGAACGAACUCCACCGCAUCUUGAGGAAAAACAAGCUGAAGGAACGUUUUGUCUACGUGCCUAAAGAAGCCUACGACAGCACGCUGCCUCUCAUCAAAACCACUCAAACUGCUGCUAUUAUAGAUCAUGAGAGGGUUGCUUUGGGCAACGAGGAGGGCCUUUUUGUCAUCCAUGUCACCAAAGAUGAAAUCCUCCGUGUAGGGGAUGUUAAGAAAGUUCAGCACAUAGAACUGAUGCCUACAGAGCAGGUGCUGGCCGUGAUCUCCGGUAGGAACCGGCAAGUGUGUCUGGUGCCCAUGGCGGGUCUCGAUGGGCGGGAAGUAGACAAGAACAAGGUGGCAGACACAAAAAACUGCCAGGCGCUGGUGUCCGGUGUGGUUCGCAACAUGACCUGCUUCUGCCUUGCCAUUAAACGUCAGAUCUCCUGCUUUGAGAUAAACAAGAGCAAGUCUCGCCACUGCCACCUGGUGGACAUACAAGCUCCAGGUAUUGUCCAGUGGAUGGCGCUGUUUAACCAGUACUUGUGUGUUGGCUAUCAAGCAGGCUUCAUGCGUUAUAGCUUGUAUGGAGAAUCUCCUCCGAUCAGUUUACUCCACCCAGAUGACCCCACACUGGCCUUUAUAAGGGCAGACAACCUGGAUGCUCUUUGUGCGGUAGAAAUCUCUGGAAAAGAAAUGCUGCUCUGCUUCAGUAAAAUCGCAGUUUAUGUGGACACACACGGCAGACGCUCCCGGCAGCAAGAGCUGAUGUGGCCCGCGAUACCCACCGCCUGCUGCUACAACGCCCCCUACCUGUCGGUUUACAGCGAGUAUGCUGUAGAUGUGUUUGACGUGAACAGUAUGGAGUGGAUUCAGACCAUUCCUCUCAAAAAGGUGCGGCCGCUGAAUAUGGAUGGCUCUUUGAAUCUGUUGGGAUUAGAGACGGUCAGACUCAUCUACUUUAGAAACAAGACUGCAGAGGGGGAUGAGCUGGUGGUGCCUGAGGUCUGUGACAACAGUAAGAAGCAGAUGGUUCGCAGCAUGAGCAGCAAGAGACGCUUCUCAUUUCGUAUUCCUGAGGAGGAGAGACUGCAGCAGAGAAGGGAGAUGUUGAGAGAUCCAGAGAAGAGAAACAAGCUGAUCUCAAACCCUACGAAUUUUAACCACGUGGCUCAUAUGGGUCCAGGAGAUGGGAUGCAAAUCCUUAGAGAUCUUCCUAUGAAUGUACGUGCCCAGGACAACCGGGCCGGGUUCAGCGGUUCCGUCAGCAUUCCCUCCAUCACAAAGAACCGAGCCGAGCCUGGGAGAUCUAUGAGUGCAAGCAGUGGCCUAGGAAUGAGAUCUUCCUCUCAGAAUGGCAGCGCUCUACGGAGGGAUGUGUCGGGCAGCAGCUACAGCUCGAAGCGACAGACCAUGACAUCACCAUCUGAGAGCUCGCUGUCAUCAGGCGGUGGCAUGGAUGUCUGUGAAGCGCCACUCUCUCAGUUUGACAGAGAGUGGCAGGCCGUAUCGCCCUCGGAGAAGACCCCCGAUCUGAAAAGGGCUUUAAGGACACUGCUUAGUAAGAUGAAGGACUCCGAUUCGCCAAGACACUCCACCGCAUCCAACAGCUCCACCUUCAGCAGCCCACCAAGCCCCUCCUCUCCGCACAAGACCAAGUCCCUUUCGCUGGAGAGCACAGAUCGCACAGGGUGGGACACAUGAUGGACUCGCCGAUGAACCAAUCACGAACAUGCUCUCCGGGUCACGGCCUGUCACAGUGCUCCUCCCCUUCCAUACUAUUGCACAACAGGCCCCUCCCAUUUAUUAAUUUGCAUAAUGGAUCACCACUGAUGAACAUACAGUAUAUACAUGGAGAAACCACACCACCAUGAACACGGGAAGCAUGAUGGAGUCUUUGUCGUGUGUGUGAAUAUGUGUAUGAUUGAACAUCCAGGAUACAGAAAUUGACACGACCCCGCAGUGCUGACCGGAUGAGAAAAACUGGAUGCAAUUGUCUCCAGGCGUCUCAUUGGAAGACUCUACUGCUAAUGGAAAUUAUGGAUUUUACUGUGACAGGUGUUUGUACAUAGACUGGGUUAGGGGUGAACGUUUAUUUAUUUAUCAUUCAGCAAUUUCAAGGUGAAAAUACUAUCAAAUUCUUCGAUUCGCUCUUCAGCUAUGGACCAUACAGACAUUGUUUCGUUUAUGGAGUCCUGGAAUAAUUUACUUGGAAAAUAAUGCAAUGAUGUAUAUUUUUUAUUUGCUUUUAAAAAGUGAUGUGUGCCGUGAAUCGUUUGUUAAUCAGCUAAAUAGAUGAGAGACGGCCGAAUUGUGUGUGAGGUGCUAACAUGCAAUCUCAUCUGUUGCUUCCACUUCUAGAUUUGUAGGAGCUUUCAGUGAUCUUUUCAUUAUUGCCAGUCUUCAUAUAAUCUAAACCUUCUGAAAACCAACAUGACCUGUCGAAACGCAUCACAGUAAUGUAUAUAGGCUAAAAGUAUAGUAUAAUAUAUAAUGAGGAAAUAUUGUAGAGAUAAACUAUGUGAAAAGAAACUCAUUGCUUUAAUUUUUUAAAAAUUAUUUUAAUAUACUCGCGCCAAGACCAUUAAAAAAAAACUUCAGUUGUGUCAGUUCUUUUAGACAGUUAUUUUGGUUUACGGGACGAUACUGCCUUGUCUAUUUUUCUUUUCCUCUUAAUAACAGGAACUUUACAAUUUUUGUGAGACACAGGCCAAGCUGUUUUACUGCAAAUGUGCUUUAACCAUAAAAGCUGCAUCAUCUCUCUGGCCUCAGCUUUGCUUAAUUUCAUUUUUAUUUUUUAAGAUAUAGCAAUAUAUAUAUAUUCAUUGACCGAAACUGUCCAAAUGUCAGCAAUGUUGUAUAAGAAUGCACACAAAUAUCGUAUUUCUGCCAUGGAAGUCCAAAUGGUGGAACUCAUUCCAAAAUGUAAUUUGAGAAUUUGCAAACAGACAUUUUGUUUUCUUUCUGAAUUCAUGGUUUUUCUCAUAAUUUAAGGAAGAUAUUUUGAGGAAAGUUUGUAACCAAACCGUUCAUGAGCCCCAUUCACCUUCACAGUAUUCUUUUUUCCUACUCAAGUAAAUUUUUCAAGUAUCUGAACUUUAUCAGUGAUUUUCUUAAGAAGCUCUUUAUUACGUUCCAAUGCAUAGUAUCAUACUUUUUACUUGUUACACUACCUUUCAUACACUGAAAAAAAUGAUUCAUUGAAUUUAAUAAAUUUUUUUAAGGUAAGUGGUUGCAAUCAAUUUAUUUAAGCUACAUUUAAACAAAAAAGAUUAGUAAAGUAAAAUAAAAUAUAAAACUUUUGUUUAAAUGUAGCUUAAAUAAAUUGAUUGCAACCACUUACCUUAAAAAAUUGAUUAAAUUCAAUGAAUCAUUUUUUUCAGUGUAAAUACAAGUUGUUGUUUUACAUUUACUUAAGUACAUUAAAUGCUUUUCUCAAGUAAAGAAAGUACAAGUUUUUUAAUGUAAUUAGGUAUUUAAUAAAAUAUAGUGAAUUUUAAAAAGUAUGAUACUAUGCUUUAGAAUGUAGUGAGGAAAAGUUUUCCAAAGAAAAACAAUGAUAAAGAAAGGAAACUUGAAACAUAUUCUUAAGUAGAAAGUUAAAAAUACUUCACUACUGUCCACUUCUGGAAAAUCACUCUUUGUUUCACUCACAAAGUUUGGCUCUUUCUACUAUUGAGAAAUGUUUAAAACUUUUUUUUUUUAAAUAAAUAACACAUUUACCAUGUAAAGCACUGAAACAUCACAGCUGCUAUUAAAUGUAAGAUUAAACUCAACCAUUAACCUAUAUUACAAAAGUUACCCCAGAUUAUAAUAACAGUUUGAAAAAAUGGUCUCUGUCAAUUCCUGAUGUAUACUUUUCAAAAAUAAUUGGACCAAAACCUCUUAUAUCCAAUCCAAAUAAGCCCAAAAUUAUAAAGUUGAAAUUUGAGUUGUAUUAUUCUGUUUUUGUGGCCAGUGGUCUAUUUAAAAGACAUUUUAGAAAUGAGAGAAGUCUAAUAACCAGCACAGACAUUUCCCCCCACAUUCUGUAUAUUUCAUGUCAUUUUGAAUUGCACAGAAAAGUCUUCAUGCUUUUGCAUUCCAUUGGAAAAAUCUAGCAGUUCUUCCACACAUCUUGAUUUCUGCACUAAAGUCACCCAAUACACCGUGUUUGUUCUUUCCACUUUUAUUUUCAUCAUUUGUGAAAGUUGAAUUUGCCGUUUAAUUCCACCUGCACUAAGCAAAGCAUACAUACAUAUAUAAAUAACAACCAUUUUGGAUAGGGACUCCCACUGAAGACAUCUCUCACACAUUACAUUUAUAUGAAAUCAUUUUCAUCUCGUUUUUUUUAUAUGCUUUGUAAUAAUUUGUAGUUUUGCAUGCCAUGAAUGCUCAUUCUGUAUGUUUCACAUUGGUUUUAUGUUUCUCACUUGAAACUGUCUACUUAUGUGGAUUUCACUACAAAGACAAUUUUUGCACAGAGCUACUUAAAGCGGAAGGUCAAAGAAUGGACAAACUGGCCACUAUGCAUAUACGGAGACUUUACCAUAUUACCUGACGCUGAUGUAUUUCAAUAAAGAGAAAUGACACACAUGAA